CGCCAAAAUUGAAAAUUUUAGGGUAGUUGGUCCCCUUAAGAAUCUUCAGAACUUGAUAAAUUCUAGAAAAAACUUAUAGUGGCCUAUGACAUAUAUAAUGGACAUGCAUGGAAUGCAUGACAUGCAUGAGUUUUGCAACUCAUGCAUUAGCUCUAAACUUGUCUAAGUAUAUUUAUUGACAGGACAAUCCCCAAUCUGGAAUUUCAGGCAGAAUUUCUAACAAUCUUGGGUAAAAGCCAAAACUGUUUUGCUGAUUUUCAGGAAUUGCAGAGGCCCGCAAUGAGUGAGGACAUAGUUCUUCGUCUUCGUGGAUUGCCAUGGUCUACCACUGAAGAAGAGAUUGUAAAAUUUUUUGACCCAGUGGAGCUUGCUGGGGGCAUAGACGGAGUCCAUAUAACUCUGUCCCGAGAUGGGCGUCCCAGUGGAGAGGCUUAUGUAGAGUUGGCCAAUAUGGAAGAUUUAUCAGAAGCAGAGAAGAAACAUAAUCAGCACAUUGGUCGCAGAUAUGUUGAAGUUUUUCGCGCCCGCCGGAGUGAAAUGGAGCGGUCCAUGAACCGAGGCAAGUUCCCUGACAAUAAGGACGACUGCUGUGUCCGUCUGCAGGGACUGCCCUAUGGCUGCUCCAAGGAAGAAAUAUUGCAAUUUUUUACAGGGUUGGAGGUAGUACCUAACGGUAUAGCGCAACCAACGGACUACCAAGGGAGGACCACUGGGGAAGCUUUUGUUCAGUUUGUCGAUAAAGAAACUGCCGAGAGAGCUCAUGAAAAACACAAGGAGAAGAUAGCGCACAGGUACAUCGAAAUCUUCAAGAGCAGCAUGGCAGAGGUGAGAGCUGCCCUGUUCCCCCGUAUGAGGGGAGGCGGUCCCUAUGGGGGUCCCAUGCCCGGGUUCAACAACCGACCUGCCCCAUACGACUCCCGCGACAGAUACGGCGGCCCCAACCGUUACAAUAUGGGCGGCAGACCGGGGUACGACGACUACGAUGGUUAUGAGGGCAACGGCUACAGCGACGGCUGGGGUGGUGGCAGAAGCAGGAUGUCGGCUCCAGGAGGAGGAGGUGGUGGUGGUGGUGGUAUUGGCGGAGGCAUGAAGCCGUUCCGUGGUGGACGUGAAGGCGGCGGCCAUUGUGUCCACAUGCGGGGAUUGCCAUUCAAGGCCUCUGAGAUGGACAUUGCUGACUUUUUCCGGCCACUGAACCCCAUGAACAUCUGCAUUGUUAAAGACCACGCCGGUCGACCUUCCGGGGAAGCCGACAUCGAGUUUGCUUGCCACGAGGACGCUGUGCGAGCCAUGUCUAGGGACAAGGCCAAUAUGCAGCAUCGGUAUAUUGAGCUCUUCUUGAAUUCUUCCCCUGGCGGAGGUAUGGCCAGGUCGGGAGGCUUUGGAGGAGGAUACAGAGAUGGUCCCCGUAUGGGGUCCGGCGUGGGGCGAUAUGGAGGCCGUUAUUAAGCUGCCCAAAACUCUCCGUACAAAAUCAGAUCUAUACUGGUAUUGAAUCCAAAGCAAGCGGGAAGUUUGGUGGCCAGGAUUUUGAAUGUGAAGUUCUAUAUCAGUUUCAGGGAAUCAUUUAUGAUUGUCUUCGAGUAUCAUUCAUCCUAAAAUAUUUGUAGGCACAUUGUAAGAGUUGCAGCAAGUUAAUUGUAUUUUCUUUUGUGAAAGUGCUUAUCGAUGAACCUUGGCAAGCUUUUGUCUCUAAAAUGGGAGCUCAUUAACGUGAUAGGUCGAAGAAUAUCUUGUAAUCUACUUGAACAUAUGAAACUAUUCCCAAAAAUGUUCUGUGCUACUCGGGGCAUAAAUAAUGUGAUCUUAGUAGGCUGGAUACAAUAUCAGGCGCUCUUUACAUGAUCCAGAGGAGCAAUCAAAUCUGUCAUAGGGCAGUAGGAUAAGUUCUAGUAUUAUCAUUUAUUCCAACGAAAACUGAUCGGUAGCGAUUAUUUGUAGACAUAUUUCUUGCCAAUUUUUUCCUUGGUAGUCAGUCAUUUUGCAUGAACAUUAAUUUGGCGGACGACUUAGCAGACUAUUUUAUUAGUAUUUUUGGUACCUGACUUUAACUUUCUGGUGUGUGUAUGUAUCUAUGUGACUUCUAUACUGGACGUGAAGCGCUUACAACUUCAACGCGUGUGGCACACUUUUGGCAAUAAUUGCGCGCGGCAGGUUUUGUUGUCCCUGUCGUAUUUUGGACGGACAAGCUUCUACCAUCAAAAUUAUCCUUGGAAAUUAUUGAUUCAAUUCUCCCGUGAAUGACUUGAAUGCAAAUAGUAACGGUUACCAAUGUACUUAUGAAAAUUGUAAUGAUCAUGACAAUUAAUUACAUCCCCGCUUAUGUGUGGGGAUGUUAAUUUGGUGUGAACAAUAACGAAUUGAAUGCGUUAUACAAGAAUUAUUUUAUUUCUCUCCACUUGGAUCCAGCUUGCUUACUAAUAACCAUAUAUAUAAAUAUUUAUAUGGUGAUUCUAGAACCGUGUUAUCAUGCAAAAUUAUAGAUCCUUGAAAUAGGCUUGUGUAUUCGGCUCGAUUAUUCCUCAUUUGUGUUACCGUCUAAGAGUCUCUUAUUAUGAUUUGAAUUAGGUUAGGUUUCGUUUAAUCCGAUGCUAUUAUACACGAGAUGUUGUACAUUUCCUUCCUAAUGUACAGAGUUCCGCGGAUAGUUUAAGUAAAUUAUCGGCGACUCUUCAAUGGAUGCUGAUAACAAGUCUAGCAAAUACAGUUGCGUGUCUCCUGUAUUGAUAAUGCGUUUCAAUUCCAGUUACCGUGCAUUAUAAUUUAUCAACCUAAUUUUCGAAUAUCAGUACAUAAUUUGAUUCAUCAUUCAUCCUUGUUCA